AGUUCUGGAUUCAGAGUUAAAGUUUGAUAAACGGCUUACACGCAGUUCACUAGCGCCCUCUUGUGUUCAGUACUCGCUGCUUCUAACACAGGGUUAGUUAUGUAUUGUGUAAUUUAUUUCUUUUUCAAUAUAUAAAAAAUAAAAUGGGUGGAGAUGCAAAUUAAGACUAAAACGGAAUAUGUUAAAUACACACAUACAAAAUAUAAUCAAGUUUUAAUAAAAAAAGUUCAAUUGCUAUGUUUAAAUGAUAAGGAGACACAUAAAAUCAAUAACAGUUGAUUAGAGCCAUUUUAUACCCUGGAUGUUACAUUUUAAAUGUACUAUUCUAACAUGUUCCCUUGUGUUUGUGCUGUAUCUUUCUUAUGAAUACCAUUUUGAUUUUGUUUUCUAAAAAUGUCAUACUUUUUUUUACUGUGAGUGUCUUGGUUUUUGGAUUCAGUCACUGUUCAUUGUGUUGUAAAGUCACUACAUUUUUAUGCUGAUAGAACCAUUAGCACAUCUGAGUCGUUUACAUUUAGAAAAUUCUAGAAACCAUUCAUAAAUGGAAAGCUGAUUUUAGAUGGGUGUUCCAGUGAAAACAGAACAAAGAGUGUGUUUAGAGUUAAGUUCAUGCAGACACAUCUUGAGUCAAAGUGAUUGCAAACUGUAUAUGAUAUUUGGAUUAAUUUUCUGCUCAAGGAGCAUCAAUAAGAAAAGUGAAUAGGUGAAAGCAUCACACAGAGAUAAAAGAUAAGCAUCAUCACAUCAUUGCUGCGUGUGAAUAUAAAGGAAGCACCUCUCAAUGGGAACUCUUGUCUUGAGUAAUUAAAACAGGCACACACUAAGCAGAUUUUCUACAUCUUCUGGGGGAAAUUUUAAUUCAUCUGCAGGACUCUGGCUGGGCCUGAGGGCCAAAACCCUGUACUGGAAUAAAGGAAGGAAGAAAAGAAAAACAUCAGUCCUGAACAAGCCUCCCCUGCCUCCUUCCCCAUGGCUUGACCUCCAUGCUUGCUGUGCUGCAGAUCUUUCCCUGGAGGGCUGUUUCUCUGACCUUAGCACAUGGAUUUCAAGACUUCAAAUGAAGAGACAAAGACUGGGAUUUAUUUGCUUCAAGAUGGUAGCGAGGAGCCUUUCAAUAUCCGUCUGCACCUGGCCAAAGACAUUCUCACCAUUCAAGAGCAAGACGUCAUCUGUGUGUCUGGAGAACCGUUCUACUCAAGUGAGAGAACAGUGACGAUCCGUCGGCAGACGAUCGGAGGGUUUGGUUUGAGCAUCAAGGGUGGUGCUGAACACAAGAUCCCUGUUGUGAUCUCUAAAAUAUCAAAAGAACAGAAGGCGGAACUUUCUGGACUUUUGUUUAUCGGGGACGGAAUUCUCCAGAUAAACGGCAUUAAUGUGAGGAGUUAUCGCCAUGAAGAAGUGGUGCAGGUUCUGCGAAACGCAGGUGAGGAAGUGACUCUGACUGUGUCUUUCCUGAAGAGGACGCCUGCGUUUCUGAAACUGCCGCUGUGUGAAGACUGCUCAUGUACGUCUGUGUUUGGACACGCAGCAUUCACCGGUAUACCAAGUGAUCAGAGCAGUGGAACCUCGUCUCCGUUGUGUGACAGUGGCCUGCAUCUGAACUACCAUCCCAACAACACGGACACGUUGUCGUGCUCGUCUUGGCCGAUGUCUCCGGGGUUGCGCUGGGAGAAGAGAUGGGUGGAUCUUCGACUCAUCCCUCUAUUGCACGCGCGUCUGUCCCAGUACGUCCCAGGUACUGACAUUUGCAGGCAAAAUGCGUUUCAAGUGGUUGCUGUGGAUGGGGUGUGCAGCGGGGUCAUUCAGUGCCCCAGUACUGACGAAUGCACCGACUGGCUGCAAGCACUCGCUACUAACACUUCUGCCCUCACCAAGCACAACGUGAAGAAGAUCAACAGAAACUUCCCGGUGAACCAGCAGAUCGUAUAUAUGGGCUGGGUAGAUGAGAAAGAACAAGAUUCUGUUCAGGACCGAAUGUACACACCAAAGUUUCUUGCCUUGAGGGGUUCGUCUCUCUUCAAAUUCUCCGCACCUCCAGUCACCACCUGGGACUGGACCAGAGCCGAGAAGAGCUUCUCCGUCUACGAGAUCAUGUUCAAGAUACUGAAGGACAUUGAGCUGGUGGACAAACGAAAGCACUGCUUCAGUGUUCAGACGGACUCUGGAGAGGACAUCUUCUUCAGCGUGGAGCUGGAAUGUGAGCUGCUUCUGUGGGAGAAAGCCUUUCAGAUGGCCACGUUCUUCGAAGUGGAACGAAUACAGUGUAAAACAUACGCUUGCAUUGUGGACAGUCAUCUCAUGGGACUCACCAUAGAUUUCAGCAUGGGCUUCGUGUGCUUCGAUGCCGCGUCAAAGGCAGUGCUGUGGAGAUACAAGUUCUCUCAGCUUAAAGGAUCAUCAGAUGAUGGAAAGAGUAAAAUCAAAUUCCUGUUCCAGAAUCAAGACACAAAACUUAUUGAAGCAAAGGAACUGGAGUUCUCCAACCUCUUCGCGGUUCUCCACUGCAUCCACGCGUUCUUCGCCGCCAAAGUGGCCUGUUUGGAUCCCAUGUUCGUGAGCAGCCGAAACGCCACCAUGACCGCUGUGGUGUCCACGACCUCCACCUUAACCGCCCCACCACAGAUAUCCAAGAUCAAAUACACCAGCUGACAGACUCCAGUGACGGACCCUUUCCUUCCAUACAGUGAACAGGUAGGAGGAGAGGAACUAACCCUGACAAACAAUUGACACACAGUGGAAGUCCACUUUCAAAUGGACAAUUCACGUACGUAACAUCGAAACCCUCGCUAUGUUCUCCGGAUGGGAAACUCAGACAUUUUAGCAUUAUGUUUCCUGUUGAAGAUGUUCUUGGAUCGCUUUCAGCUGCUAGAAAGUUGGACUCCUCCCCUUUGAUAUCGAGCCAUAUCUGUUUGCAUUCAAAUGAUAUGAACACUUCUUUGUGUGUACUUUUAAAAUAUUAUUAAAUCU